GAAUUAUCCCGAGCUGUGGACACCGCAAUCCCAUGGCUGCCGCCGCCGUCCAUGCGCGGAUUCAAAGCCAGGCGACUUCCAUCCUGCAGUUCUGGUUCGGUACCGCCUAUCCACUCAACAUCCAGAUGCGGCAGAUGUGGUUCAUGAAAGAGGCUGCAAUCGACGAAAGGAUUCGGGAUGCAUUUGGUGCCUUGGUAUCCGACAUUCUCGAUGCUGAUUCCUCUGCCCUCCUUCCACUAUUGCAUGAAAGCCAGGCCGACGUCAAGGUUGCGACCGUGUUGUGCUUGGAUCAAUUCACACGAAAUAUCUAUCGUGACCAGCCCGAUGCAUUCAGCGGGGAUCGCGUCACGCAAAAGUUUGUGAUGGACACCGUCGAUUCCCCUAGUGCGAUGCGUCAAAUCAAACAGCUUCACGCCUUGGCACAGGGAUUUUUCUUUAUGCCACUCAUGCAUAGCGAAGAGGCGCACGUCCAUGAUGUAGCACAGCGAGUGUACAACGACCUGGUGGCGGAAAGCGUCGCGAACCCUGCCUUGCAUGCCACCCUGACCAACUUUGCCAAGUUCGAGCUGGAUCACAAAGUCAUCAUUGAUCGCUUUGGUCGAUACCCCCACCGGAACGCCAUACUCGGCCGCGAAAGCACUCCCGAAGAAAUCGCGUUCCUGCAGCAGCCCAAUUCGAGCUUUUAACUCGAGUAACAUUGGAGUAUCACAGGUAUUAGUGUGGACCACACUAAUUCUGAAUCAGCAGACA